AUGAUCGUCUCCGAGAUACCAUAUACCGAGGAGUACAUGGAGGCCACUUGCAGCCAGCCCAAAACUUCCGAGUCCACCCUUCAGCUCGGCUCCGUCAAAUGUUACAACAUCAACAUCCAAGUCGAGGUGGAGAAGAGCGAGCAACAGGCCAAGGGCAUCACCACGCUCACCCUCCGCGAAGUGCCCAAGUUUCUCGUCGACGCCUUCAACAUCAUUCGCUCGAACAUUGAGAAGGAGGGGCUAUUCCGGAAAGGGGGCAACAAUGCCCGCAUCAACUCGUACAGCAAAAAGAUUCUGGCCAUCUACCAGGGGCGUGAGCGGAUCCCGCUCGAUUUGAACUAUUUGGAUGUGUGCUCGUUGAUAAAGACCUUUUUCAAGACACUAAAGCACCCUCUGCUCCAUUCUCGCGACAUCGCCAACGCCCUGCUGACGCUGGCCGAUCGAAAAGGGGCUGGCGAGAGCGUGUCCGGCGAGCAGCUUCAAUACAUUCUACGCACCCGGAUGCCCGACUACCACCUGGGGACGCUGUGCUUUUUGAUGCGCGAACUUAAUCGGGUAUCCCAGCACAACGACCGAAACGGGAUGACGAUCCAGAAUCUGGCGACCUGCUUCGGGCCGACCCUGUUCGAUUUGACGGCGUUCGACAAGCCGAAGGGGGUGCCGAAGCGCAGCAUGCCCGGCCGUGUCCAAACCAACCCGCCCACCCUCAGUCAGCUCAACGAGGCGAAGGCCGACUCGCAAAGAGCCGCCACCGCCGUCACCAUUCUCAUCGAGUGGGCCACCUGGAUUGGGCUGACGCGCGAGUGCUACGUCUCGAGCCAGGCGCGCAGCUCCUCGGCCGCUCCCAUCAACCGCUACGCCGGCCGCCAAGAAGCCUGCCUCACCGAUGCGACAGAAGAAUGCGAGGACCAAGUCGAACGCUUCCGACUACAAGAACGCGGCGGCCCCUCGGAAUUCAUCGUGGUGGCGGUGGCGGCUAUCCGGGCGAUGGAGGAGCCGGCCGAUUUGCUGGAGAGGGAAUUGUUUCGAAAUAGCCCAUGGCACUUCCGGCCGUUCCGCCUGGAAAACCCGCUGGAGGCCGAGGUGUACCGGCUGGCGCAUCCGAUUGUAGAAGCAGACGGGAAGCAGGUGUUCAAGCUCGCCUUUGAUGUCAGGAGGUUCAAGCCGGAAGAGGUGUCAAUUUCCACCAACGCCUCGGAAAAGCUGAUCACGGUGGAGGUGAAGCACGAGGACGAGAUGUCGCAAUUUUCCUUUACGAAAAAGAUGGCAAUUCCGGAGGGGGUGACGAUAAAUGAAAUGAGUUGCCGCUACGAUGAGGACGGCGUUCUGACGAUUCGAGCCCCAUAUGUCGCGCCACCAAAGGAGACGCCGAAAUUGGAGAAGCCCGAGGCAAAGGAUAUCCCGAUCAAACACGAA